GGAGUGGAUAAAGGGAUAUCCAGUCAGCUUGCUGACCAGUCGUUGAGACUGCAACCACAUAAAGGUGCUCGCACUUGCUGUGUUCUCAGUGUUUGCUGUAACGUACGAACGUAUAUGAAGGAUCUCGUUAAAUCUGCCUCGACAUGGGAGUGUAAUCUAGGCAAAAUUGUUGGCAAAUCACCCGUCAAGUAUUCUGAUGGCUCUCGGAAACACAUGGAUAUGCAGUCUCAGUUUGAAGCAGGACAAGAGGAUGGAGACCAGUUCCAGAGCCUCACUGAUCUCAAGUGGGGAGAAUUCAAGUUGCUGGGAUUUGGAGGACUGGGUCAAGAAAAGCUGCAGUUUGAUUUGAACGAGAGUGCCAGAACAGCACAGAGCACAAAACGGCAAAUGCUCAGCUGGAACGACUUCUCAUCAAUAGGAUUCACAAGAUCAGAUAUAACGCCUUUUACUGAAUAUGCCAAGAAGCUGAAAGAGGCCGCAAAACAUAUACCAGCAUUUGGAUGGGAUACAGAAUCUGCUGCCAUAUCAGAGAUUGGCAAGGCUGAACGAGAAUGUAACUGGGCCCUGAUUGAGUUUCAAUCAGACACUCUGCUUCUGUUGGAAGAAUUUGUUCCCCUCGAAUAUCACCAGCAGAUGAGCUCCUCGUCUUCUGGAUCAAGCCGACGAUGUCUUCCAUCACUAUUUUCACCUACUUCAACAUCACCAAAUAUGACAACCCAGUCGAAGAAAGACAAGACUGAGCAGUCAAAGUCCAAGGUGCUGAGCCCAAAGGCUUCAUUCAGAGAGGUCGAGUUUGAGGGCCUGUUAAGAGGUGAUGGCAACUGGAAGAUGAAAGUGAUCACUCUUGGAUCGAAGGAAACGCAUACUACAAUGAUCGGCUCUCCAACUGAAGUCGAACCUCCUCCCAUCACCAUCGGGGGUACACCCCCAAAUAGGUGCCAGUUUUGUUUAGGUGGUUCAGGGACUCCUACAAACGAUGGCUCUGUUAUGGGACAAAAAUUGCUUAUUGAUGGCCUUCCUCCUGCUGAGUACAGCAGCAUGGAUUUUGAAACGCGUCUGGCGAGCCUCAAUGGGGAAGACGUGUAUGAGGAUUACCUGCCUGUUGAUGGCAUUCUGAAGAAAUGUGGGUUGCUGAUGACGUGUGGGUGGACAUCUUGGUGGGGAGUUGAGAACGGGGCAUGGCUGGCCAGGAUGCAGAAGGCACUUAAGGGUGUGAGGAAGAUGAGCCAGAGCCCAGAGAGUCAACAAAUGGAGAAGGUUCCUGUAAGGGAUGAAGAGGAGGAGUCGAUUGAAGUUGAGAGGGUUCCCUCAAGGCUGGCUAUGAAUGACUUUGUCAACAAUCCUUGGCAUCCACAGUGCUAUGAUGACUGGCUGGAUUGCAAUGCAGAUGGCCCUUCAAUGACUGAACAGUCAAUCCAGUCGCUCCAUUAUGAUCAACACAAGUCUGAGGAUGAUGAACCAGAGCCAGUGGUGGAGGCAGAGGAGGAGAAAGAGGAAUCGCCACCCCAACCUGACCCCCAAGCUAGGUUUGGACAUGACAGCGAUUCCGAAGACGAACUCUUGGGGCCAGGCAUUCAGCUGCUUCCCAGAGUUCUGCCCAUUAUCAACCUUGAUGACCAGCCUUCACCCUCAACUGUGCCAUUGAAGGUUCCCAACAAGACUGCUGCACUGAUUGAGAUAUACCAAGAGUGGGAGCAUAAUAGCACCUCACAGGCUACUCCAAGAGUAUUGCUUAUGCCCAAGAUUGUUAUGAUACUGGCACAGGAGGAGGCAGAAGAGGGGGAGGAAGAGGUUGUACCACCACCACUACCAUGUAUAUCUGUGAUUGACAAAGAUCAGGGCCAUGCAAGUCUGGGGUGGUAUGUGCAUGGCACCCCAUUGCAUAAUGUAUUGGAGGAGGAAGAGGAAGAGUAG